UUGUCGUUUUGACACAUUUUUGUCCAAAAACAGUUUUUUUCCUAUGAAUUCUACCACAGAAGCUGUAACAAUUGUUCUUUAUGUUUGUAAUUGUCUUCUCGGGGUGUGUGGACUUACUUUACUAACCUUAGGAAUUAUUCUUCUCUUGAAAGAAUCAAAGUAUGUUAACAUAUUUGAUAGUGUGCUCUUAUCAGUAGGAAGUUGGUCGUUUUGUGUCGGUUCUCUCCUGUUGGUAAUUGUGUCUUUUGGAAUAAAUGCAACGAUUAGGAAAAGAAGUUGUUGCCUAUUUCGGUAUUCCACGUUUUUAACAAUUGUCUUCCUUUCUCAAAUUACUUUGGGCCUCUUCGCCGCCGUUACACUCCAUCCUGCAAACAAUUUAACCCAAAGAGUGGAACAACGAUUCGAAGCACCUUUCAAGCGAAACAAUUCCGAGUUUCAAACAAUUUUAAACAAAAUUGAGCUCAACUACAAAUGUUGCGGUAUUAGAGGAUCCACCGACUACAACACAACAGUACCGAAAACUUGCUGUGAAAACAAUUGCAAAAACUACUACAGAAACGGCUGUGCCGCAAGUUACGCCCAAGAUUUUAGAAAACUCAUCAAAGAAAUUGCCUACAUUUCGCUCGUAUUUUCCCUACCUCAUAUUGGUGCCUCUUGUCUGUCUUUAAUUUUGAAAAACAAUAACAUUCCGUGUCCUCCACAAGACACUCCAAACACUCCUCAGACUUCUCAAACUUGAUUCAAAUUUCGUAUUAAGCCAGUGGCGCCCUCUAGACACGCAACAAAAUGGCUUCACGCCGUUCCAUGGCACUCUCUGACUGUUUAGGCGCAAAAUUGGCGGUCUUAUUGACAGGAUCGCAGGAGGUUGUGGAGAUUGUGAGAGUUUCGGCUACGCUACGAUCGGUUCUAGUCGUCACCUCUCGGCCUUCAUGGCCUCCUGAUACGUGGAGCUCUCGUUUGAUAACUUGACGCAAUAAGAGGCAUAAAAGUGGGUGGUGGGGUUUUAUGCCCCAUUUGAAAAAAAUUACAAUUCAAAAAUGUCAACCAACCAACAAACAAUUUCCCCAACUGGGGAAUAGGUCAUGGUGUUUAUUAUUUAGAUUAGAUUGUCACUGGGAUUUCUUUCUAAUGCUUAUGAAGAAUGUCA